UUUCGCGGAGCACCAAAACCAAACCCUUUCCUUCCAGAACCGGCAUCGCGGUGUAACCGUUACGUUAGCGAACGCUGGGAAGUUGUCUGUGAAUUCUGUGAAAGUCGCGUCAAAGUGGCUUCGAAUUCGAAAAUGGUGGAAAUCAACACCAACGAAUUGACGGACGCCGAAGCGGAGCAGUACGACAGACAGAUCCGUUUGUGGGGACUCGACUCGCAGAAGAGGUUGCGUUCUUCUCGAGUGCUUAUUAUUGGCGUCAAGGGCCUAGGAGCUGAAGUAGCUAAGAACGUCACUCUAGCCGGUGUCAAGUCUGUCACACUCCUUGACGACGGUGUUGUCACUCAAGAUGACAUUUGCGCACAGUUCCUUGUACCUCGUGAUCAACUUGGAAAGAAUAGAGCUGAGGCAUCAUUGGCUCGCACACAAAACUUGAACCCUAUGGUUAAAGUGACAGCUGACACAACUCCUGUUGCUGACCAUCCAGAUGAGUUCUUCUAUGAAUUUGAAACUAUUUGUGCCACCAAGUGCUCACAUGAUCAGUUGCUUCGUAUUGAUAACAUUUGCCGCGCCAAAGAUAUUAAAUUCUUCUGCGGAGAUGUGUUUGGCUUCUUUGGGUUCACUUUCGCUGAUCUUCAAAAACAUGAAUUUGCUGAAGAGGUGACAGAAUUCAAGCCAUCUGGAGGUGGAGAGCCAGAGACUAAGCGCGCCAAAGUUGAACCAGUUAAGACCACUGUAAAAAGAACAGAAACCUUUGUCUCUCUGGAGGAUGCCCUCAGUGUUGAUUGGACUUCAGAACCAUAUGCUAAAAAACUGAAGAAGUCAGAAUCCUCAUAUUUUCUUAUGAAAGUUCUCCUGAAAUUUCGUGCUGACAAGAAGAGAGACCCAGCCCCAGAAUCUCGUCAAGCUGAUUAUGAAGACCUUUGUAAAUUGAGAGAUGAGGAAUUGGCAAAAAUGUCAGUCCCAGCAGAGAAAGUGCCUGAUCAUUUGUUGAGCCUGGUGUUUGCUGAAGUGAGUCCAGCAUGUGCCAUUGUUGGUGGUGUUUUAUCCCAGGAAAUAAUCAAGGCUCUGUCUCAACAUGAAGCACCUCACAAAAAUAUGUUUUUCUUCAAUCCUGAACGUAAUUUGGGUCAUGUUGAAUGUGUUGGAGCUUAAGAUGCUUGUGAUGUAUUACUAAAAGUUUUUUUCUCAUUUAUUUAAUGUACCUCUGUUAAUUUCAAUUUAAGCUUUCAUGUGUUCUUCUGGACAGUUAAUUUUUGUUUCUCUGUUUUUUUUAAUGAACCACUUUGUGAUCAAAAUAAACACAUGCUGUAUUAAA